GGCCAUUCAUCAGGCCGGCUGGCCUAUCAAUGACAUUGCUCCCAUCGGGGCUCCUAUAAAAUGAUGCUUUUUCCCAUGAAACAUCCGCAAACAUUUUGACGGGUUUGGCUUGGCCCGACUGGAUUACUGAGUGUCCCCCUCGCUCGCUUUCUCUCUCUCUCCUCUCUCCCCUGCUCCCAGCUCCCUUCCUCCUCUUUCUCGCUUCCUCUUUCUCUUUUCUUUCCUCUGGCUCUCUCUCUCUCUCUUUCCCCUUCCUCCUUUAUCCUUUUACUCUCUCUCACUCAGCGUCUCUCUCCCUCUCCUUCUUUCUUUCUUCCCUCUCUUCUUCUUCCCUGGGCAACUCUAGCACAGGGGAUCCCCAAAUAUCAGGACUUUUGGGGGGGCGUCUGUGCUGUCCAUGGGAAGAGCAUGCAUUGUGGGUUACUGGAGGAACCCGACAUGGAUUCCACAGAGAGCUGGAUUGAAAGAUGUCUCAGUGAAAGUGAAAACAAACGUUACUCCAGCCACACAUCUCUGGGGAAUGUUUCUAAUGACGAAAAUGAGGAAAAAGAAAAUAAUAGAGCCUCCAAGCCUCACUCCACUCCUGCCACUCUGCAAUGGCUGGAGGAGAACUACGAGAUCGCGGAGGGCGUGUGCAUUCCUCGUAGCGCCCUGUACAUGCAUUACUUGGAUUUCUGCGAGAAGAAUGAUACCCAGCCCGUGAACGCCGCCAGCUUCGGGAAGAUCAUAAGGCAGCAGUUUCCUCAGCUAACCACGAGAAGACUCGGGACCCGAGGACAGUCAAAGUACCAUUACUAUGGCAUAGCAGUGAAGGAGAGCUCCCAAUAUUAUGAUGUGAUGUAUUCCAAGAAAGGAGCUUCCUGGGUGAGCGAGACAGGCAAGAAAGAAGUCAGCAAACAGACAGUGGCAUAUUCACCCCGGUCCAAACUCGGAACCUUGCUGCCAGAAUUUCCAAAUGUCAAAGACCUAAAUUUGCCAGCCAGUCUGCCUGAGGAGAAGGUUUCUACCUUCAUCAUGAUGUACAGAACACACUGCCAGAGAAUCCUGGACACUGUGAUAAGAGCUAACUUUGAUGAGGUUCAGAGUUUCCUCCUGCACUUUUGGCAAGGAAUGCCGCCCCACAUGCUUCCCGUCCUGGGCUCUUCUACGGUGGUGAAUAUUGUGGGUGUGUGUGACUCCAUCCUCUACAAAGCCAUCUCUGGGGUGCUGAUGCCCACCGUGCUUCAAGCAUUGCCUGACAGCUUAACUCAGGUGAUUCGAAAGUUUGCCAAGCAGCUGGAUGAGUGGCUCAAAGUGGCUCUCCACGACCUCCCAGAAAAUUUGCGAAACAUCAAAUUUGAAUUGUCCAGAAGGUUUUCCCAAAUUCUGAGAAGGCAAACGUCGCUAAAUCAUCUUUGCCAGGCCUCUCGAACAGUGAUCCACAGUGCAGACAUCACGUUCCAGAUGCUGGAGGACUGGAGGAACGUAGACCUGAACAGCAUCACCAAGCAGACCCUCUACACCAUGGAGGACUCCAGGGACGAGCACCGCCGACUCAUCAUCCAGCUGUACCAGGAGUUUGACCAUCUGCUGGAGGAGCAGUCACCCAUCGAAUCCUACGUUGAGUGGCUGGAUACCAUGGUGGACCGAUGCGUUGUGAAGGUGGCUGCCAAGAGACAAGGGUCCCUGAAGAAAGUGGCCCAGCAGUUCCUGUUGAUGUGGUCUUGUUUUGGCACAAGGGUGAUCCGGGACAUGACCUUGCACAGUGCCCCCAGCUUUGGGUCUUUUCACCUCAUUCACUUGAUGUUUGAUGACUACGUGCUCUACCUGCUGGAAUCUCUGCACUGUCAGGAGCGGGCCAACGAGCUCAUGCGGGCCAUGAAGGGAGAAGGAAGCACUGCAGAAGUCCGGGAAGACAUUAUCUUGACAGAGGCUGCGCCACCAACCCCUUCACCAGUGCCAUCGUUCUCUCCAGCAAAAUCUGCCACAUCUGUGGAGGUGCCUCCUCCCUCCUCACCUGUCAGCAACCCAUCCCCUGAGUACACUGGCCUCAGCACUACAGGAGCAAUGCAGUCCUACACGUGGUCCCUCACAUACACAGUGACAACGGCUGCCGGGUCCCCCGCGGAGAACUCCCAACAGUUGCCCUGCAUGAGGAGCACUCACAUGCCUUCCUCCUCCGUCACGCACAGGAUACCGGUGUACUCCCACAGAGAGGAGCACGGGUACACGGGAAGCUAUAACUAUGGGAGCUAUGGCAACCAGCAUCCUCACCCAAUGCAGAGCCAGUAUUCAGCCCUCCCCCAUGACACGGCCAUUUCUGGGCCGCUCCAUUACUCCCCUUACCACAGGAGUUCUGCACAGUACCCUUUUAAUAGCCCCACUUCCCGGAUGGAGCCUUGUUUGAUGAGUAGCAGUCCCAGGCUGCACCCCACCCCAGUCACUCCUCGAUGGCCAGAGGUGCCCACAGCCAACACGUGCUACACAAGCCCGUCUGUGCAUUCCACGAGGUAUGGAGACUCUAGUGACAUGUACACACCCCUGACCACGCGCAGGAAUUCUGAGUACGAGCACGUGCAACACUUUCCUGGCUUUGCGUACAUCAACGGAGAGGCCUCCACGGGAUGGGCUAAGUGACUGCUACCAUAGGAAUCCAUAUUUAAUAUUAAGAAUUAAUAAUAAUAAUAAUAAUAAUAAACCCAAUACCUACCCUCCAGAAGACUUUAUCUCUAUACAUCAUAACUCGUGGGCUGUUCCUAAGCAUCCAUUUUCCUAAUGAAUGGAAGGAUGUUCCAUACGGGAUGAAUAGACUUUAGUUCAGAAACAAGACUUACUAAAAGUCAGUGGGAUUGGGUUCCUGUAGCCAACCAGGCUUGAUGUUUCUAUAGAGUACUAUCUUGGGCAGGCCAGUCUGUGCCUUUUCCCUCUGUUCCAUGGCUUGGCGUUGUGCUGACAACCAUUCCCUAUAGGCUACUUAUUUUGUUGUUGUUAUUGACAAAAGCUCUUUAGUCUUGAAGGAUGUAUACCGGAGCCAGAAUGUGGUUUAUGUUCUUGGAUGGGCACAUAAUUUACCAAGAGCAUUGCCCUUACCACUUGCCUGCCGCCUCACUGUACACUGAGCAGCCCUCAGACAUGCUCUUGGCCUCCCUUCUUCCCAAUGGUGUCACCACUGCUUCCUGGAUAUGCUAGGUGACCUGUUAGACUCACAUCUGCCACAAUACCUGAAUUAUCCUGGAAUGUGAAGCACUGUUUUGUGGGAAGAAAGAGGCCUGCUCUAUCUAUAUUGCCUUAAGUUGACUGGGGUCUCUAAGGGACCUGUUCUAUACAAGGAGUUGUCCUAAGUUUGCACAAUGGCUAGCAUCAGCAAAAGGCAGGAGAGGGGUUCUUUUUUAAGUUCUGUGAAAAAAUGAAUUUAUGGCACUGAGUAUAUACUCACUCUGCUGUGUUAACUUUGUGAAGCUGAUGGACCAAACUUUAAUUUCCCAAGCACCAAGUGUGAAAACAACUUUCCUGGUUCCUUCAUAAGACUAUAAUAAUUUCCGACACUUUGCUAGAAAAAAAAAAGUUUCAAAGCUGUGCCUUUGAGCCUAUACUAUACUGUGUAUGUGUGGAAAUAAAAAUGUAUUGUACUUUUGGGAAAUUUUUUUGUAGGUAUUUUUCUGUCAGUUUUGUAGCUAUUUGUGAGGUUUGUUAGAGAUUAACAUAGGUUUUCUUUCUGUAUUAUAAGAUGCACCAAGCAAUUAUGGUGGACCUAUUACCCUAUGGGUAAGAAAUAAAUGGAAAUAUGACAUCGGAUGUUUUAGCAAUUGUUGUGUAAAUAAAAUGUUCGAUCACACCACUCAGUGUGAUAAUCAUGUCUACAGCUAAAAUGGAAAUAGUUUUAUCUGUACAGUUGUGCAAGAUAUGAAUGGUUUCACACUCAAAUAAAAAGUAUUGAAAUGA